CUUCCCGACGACUUGGCCUACAUUGCGUCUCAGCAGGUCAAGUACAGAGAUCCCGACGACACGUCAGACCUGUAUCCCGGCAAAACCGACCGAUACAACGGCAUUUCGCAGGCAGGAUACCUGACCUACGGACAUCUGCCAGUGGAGCAGCACUGUUUUGACCCUGAGAAGCUGGAUGAGUUGGAGCUCGACAUUGUUGUUCUUGGUGCUCCUUUUGACACCGGAAUCUCGUACAAGCCGGGCUCGCGGUUCGGGCCAGACGCCAUUAGACAGGGUACUAGAAAGUUUUCUGCGGCAUAUUCCCCAUACAGAGAAGGAUUGAACGUGUGGAAUAACUGGGCCAAAAUUGUGGACUGUGGCAACGUUCCGAUGACGCCCUUGGACAACAGAGUUGCCCUGGACCAGUUAUACCGGUCCGAAAGAGCCAUUCUCAACCAUUCGACCACGGAAGCCAAUCCUGGAAAAUACCCCCGGUUCCUGACUCUGGGAGGCGACCAUACCAUCAGUUACUCGGGAAUUCGCGCUGCUCACGAGAAAUUCGGCAAAGUCAGCGUUCUGCACUUUGAUGCCCAUCUUGACACCGUCAAUCCGUACUACAUGAACCCAAACGUCACCGAGUAUGCUGCGCUGAACCACGGCACUUAUUUAUACUGGGCUCACAGAAAAGGCUGGACUGCCGACAACAAUAUCCACGCCGGACUGAGAGGAUGGUAUGAGGACAGAGGAGAUCCUAGCCGCGACUACUCCGAGUCGAAGUUUGCCAAGAUCAUGGCCCGAGACGUGGACAAAAUAGGUGUCCAGGGAAUAAUCGACAAAAUCAAGGACCGACUCGGCAACUCGCCAGUGUACAUUAGCUUUGACAUUGACGUUCUGGAUCCUCCCUCUGCGCCGGGCACGGGAUCUCUCGAGCCGGGCGGAUGGUCUUCCAGAGAGCUACUUGAGAUCAUUGACGGGUUGGCGGGCCUUUUCGUUGUUGGUGCCGACGUGACGGAGGUUUCUCCUUGGGGCGACUCCACGAAUGAAGUCACCUCCAUCAUGGCUGGAGAGGUUGCCCGGUCGAUCCUAGGACUGAUGGUUCUU